UAAGCCCAUAAUAUGAUAGAGUGGGGUGUGGGCUUUGUCAUUAUGAGACAAGGCCCAGCAUGGGCUUUUGCCCAAGCCUUCAUAUAAGAAAGCCUUUAAAAUGGUGAUUAACUGGAACUGUUCGGUUCGAUUAGAACCGUCCGGUUCCACCGGGUCACCGGUCCGACCGCCGGUUUAGGCGGUUCGUGACCGGUUUGAUCGUUAAACGGUUCAAUAGGGCAGACCGGACCGGAAUUGUGACCGGUCGACGGUUGAACCGGUCCGACCGGCCGGUCCGGUCCGGUUUUUAAAACAUUGAUAUUUACCACCUGAUCAGGCCACCAAAUUUUCCUUUUGUUUUUUUGUCUGCAGAUAAGCUUUUCUGCUGCACCCGGCCCAUGGUGAAGGGGCCUGGGGCCAAUAGUCAUUGAGCAUCCAUGGAUCCUCUCUCUUAUUUUCUUUGAUUCCAAGCAAUCCAAAAAUGGCUUCUUCCAGCACCCGUAGAGCCUCUUCUUCUACUUCUUCUGUUUCUCGUACUUAUGAUGUGUUCUUGAGUUUUAAAGGCGAAGACACUCGCAAAAAUUUCACCGAUCAUCUUUAUACCGCUUUGGUUGCAUGUGGAAUUCAAACUUUCAGAGACAAUGAAGAAUUAGAGAAAGGAGGAGAUAUUGCAUCUGAUCUCUCAAGAGCUAUAGAAGAAUCAAGGAUUUUUAUUAUUAUUUUCUCCAAAAAUUAUGCUUACUCCACAUGGUGUUUAAAUGAACUUGUAAAAAUCGUUGAAUGCAUGAAGCAAAAGGAUAUAAUGGUUCUACCAAUAUUCUAUCAUGUGGAUCCAUCAGAUGUACGAAGGCAAAGGGGAAAUUUUGGAGAUGCACUUGCCCAUCAUGAGGGAGAUGCUGAUCAACAAAAGAAGCAGAUGGUACAAAAAUGGCGGAUUGCCUUAACCAAAGCAGCAGAUCUAUCUGGAUGCCACGUGGAUGACCAGUAUGAGACUGAGGCUGUCAAUGAAAUUAUUAAUAAAAUAGUUGGAAGUUUAAAUUGUCAACCCUUAAAUGUGGGCAAAAAUAUAGUUGGAAUUAGUGUUCAUUUAGAAAAUUUGAAAUCAAUGAUGAACACUGAAUUGAAUAAGGUGAACGUGAUUGGGAUAUGUGGAACUGGUGGGAUUGGUAAAACUACGAUUGCCAAGGCUAUUUAUAAUGAGAUCUCAUAUCAGUAUGAUGGUAGUAGCUUUCUUAGAAAUAUGAGAGAAAGAUCCAAAGGUGAUAUACUUCAAUUACAAAAAGAACUUCUUCAUGGAAUCCUAAAAGGAAAAGGUUUUAGAAUAAGCAAUGUUGAUGAAGGAGUUAAUAUGAUAAAGAGGUGUCUCAAUUCUAAAAGAGUUCUUGUUAUUUUUGAUGAUGUAGAUGAUUUGACACAACUAGAAUAUUUGGCUGAAGAGAAGGAUUGGUUUGAUGUAAAAAGUACAAUCAUCAUUACCUCUAGAGACAAACAAGUGCUUGCUCAUUAUGGAGUGCAUAUAUCAUAUGAGGUUUCGAAAUUUAAUAAUAAAGAAGCAAUUGAACUCUUUAGUUUGUGGGCAUUCAAACAAAAUCUUCCCAAGGAAGCUUAUAAAAACCUCUCAUACAAUAUGAUAGAGUAUGCUGAUGGCCUUCCAUUAGCACUUAAACUUUUAGGUGCCUCUCUUUUUGGAAAGAAAAUAAGCGAAUGGGAAAGUGCAUUAUAUAAGCUAAAAAGGAUACCCCACAUGGAAAUUAACAAGGUACUUAGAAUAAGUUUUGAUGGACUUGAUGAUAUGGAUAAGAAGAUAUUUUUGGAUGUUGCAUGUUUUUUCAAGGAAAAGGACAAAGAUUUUGUUUCAAGAAUAUUAGGCCCUCAUGCCGAGUAUGGAAUAGCAACUCUAAAUGACAAAUGUCUCAUAACUAUUUCAAAAAACAUGAUAGAUAUGCAUGAUCUAAUACAACAAAUGGGCAGAGAAAUUAUUCGUCAAGAAUGUCCUGAAGAUCUUGGAAGAAGAAGUAGAAUAUGGGAUUCUGAUGCAUAUCAUGUGUUGACAAGAAAUAUGGGGACACGAGCAAUCGAAGGACUAUUCCUAGAUAUUUGUAAAUUUGAUCCAAUACAGUUUGCUAAAGAAUCUUUCAAACAGAUGGAUAGACUUAGAUUGCUCAAAAUUCAUAAAGGUGAUGAAUAUGAUCUCAUAUCAGUAUUUGGUAGCCACCCUUAUGAAAAGCUAUUUUAUGAAGACUGCCUUCCAAGGGACUUUGAGUUUUCUUCUAAGUUAACUUAUCUCCAUUGGGAUGGAUACUCUUUAGAAUCAUUGCCAACAAAUUUUCAUGCAAAGGACCUUGUUGAACUCAUAUUAAGAGGCAGCAAUAUAAAGCAACUUUGGAGAGGGAACAAGCUCCAUAACGAGUUGAAGGUUAUCAAUCUCAAUUAUUCAGUGCAUCUCACUGAAAUCCCGGACUUCUCAAGUGUGCCAAACUUGGAGAUUCUAACUCUAGAAGGGUGUGUAAAACUGGAGUGUCUUCCAAGAGGCAUUUAUAAGUGGAAAUACCUUCAAACUUUGUCUUGCCGGGGCUGUUCAAAGCUAAAGAGAUUUCCGGAAAUCAAGGGCAAUAUGAGAAAGCUAAGAGAGCUUGAUUUAAGUGGAACGGCUAUAAAAGUGCUACCAUCGUCAUUGUUUGAACAUCUAAAAGCUCUUGAAAUUCUCAGUUUUAGAAUGAGUUCAAAACUCAACAAAAUCCCUAUUGAUAUUUGUUGCCUAUCAUCAUUGGAAGUAUUGGAUCUAAGUUACUGCAAUAUAAUGGAAGGAGGAAUUCCCAGUGAUAUUUGUCAUUUAUCAUCACUGAAAGAACUAAAUCUGAAAUCGAAUGAUUUUAGAAGCAUUCCUGCUACCAUCAAUCAACUUUCUAGGCUGCAAGUCCUUAACUUAAGUCACUGCCAGAAUCUUCAACACAUUCCAGAGCUUCCGUCGAGUCUAAGGCUUUUAGAUGCGCAUGGUUCAAAUCCUACUUCAUCAAGAGCCUCAUUUUUGCCAGUUCAUUCUCUGGUCAAUUGCUUCAAUUCGGAAAUUCAGGAUUUGAAUUGCAGUAGUCGGAAUGAAGUAUGGUCCGAGAAUAGUGUUUCUACCUACGGCAGCAAGGGAAUUUGCAUUGUUCUUCCUGGAAGUAGUGGAGUUCCAGAGUGGAUAAUGGAUGAUCAGGGAAUAGCGACAGAGCUUCCUCAGAAUUGGAACCAAAAUAAUGAGUUUUUGGGAUUUGCUUUGUGCUGUGUUUAUGUUCCACUUGAUGAUGAAUCUGAGGACGUAUCCGAGAAUGAAUCAGACAAUAGAUCUGAGGGUGAAUCUGCUCACACCUCGGAGAAUGAAAUAGAUGAUAAAUCUAAGAAUGAUUCUGUGGCUGAAUUGUCGGAGUAUGUAUUUACGCCCUCUUGUCGUCUGAAAUGUUCUUUGAAAAUCUGUGGUGAUAACAUUACAUUGGUGGAUCUUCCCCAAUAUGAAUCUAGUUGUUUUUGCUAUGACCAAGAUAAUGAUAGUGUAUCACGUCAAACGUGGGUGAUUUGGUAUUCCAAGGCAGCCAUUCAGGAGUGGUAUCCCUCUGAUCAAUGGCCUUACAUUGUACCUUUAUUUGAGGGCUUUUACAAUACUUUUAAGAAAGCCUUUAAAGUGGAGGAGUGUAAAGUCCGCCUUAUAUACUCCCAAGACCUUCCACUAACGACACAGACUCAGGAUGCGCAUACGGAUGUUAGAAGGUGCAGUGAAUGCCAGCAAGAGGCGACGUGCCGAUGGCGUGGUUGUUUUAAGGACAGUGACAUGAAGGAGCUACCCAUUAUAGAGAAUCCCUCGGAGCUUGAUGGUUUAUGUUUGCGGGAUUGUAAAAACCUCAAGAGUCUGCCAAGCAGUAUUUGUGAGUUCAAAUCCCUUACAACUCUCUCUUGCUCUGGCUGUUCACAACUAGAGAGCUUUCCUGAAAUCCUGGAAGAUAUGGUAGUCUUACAAAAGCUUGAUUUAGAUGGAACUGCCAUAAAAGAGAUACCAUCAUCAAUUCAACGUCUAAGAGGGCUUCAAUAUUUGAAUCUGGCAUAUUGCGAAAACCUUGUGAAUCUUCCGGAAAGUAUUUGUAAUCUGACAUCUUUAAGAACUCUCAUUGUCGUUUCCUGUCCAAAACUCAACAAAUUGCCAGAGAACUUGGGGAGAUUGCAGUCUCUAGAAUACCUUUAUGUUAAAGAUUUGGAUUCAAUGAAUUGUCAAUUGCCGUCUUUGUCGGGUUUGUGCUCCUUGAUAACAUUACAACUGAUCAACUGCGGUCUAAGGGAAAUCCCCAGUGGUAUUUGCCACCUAUCGUCACUGCAACAUUUAAGCCUCAGAGGGAACCGGUUCAGUAGCAUACCAGACGGGAUCAACCAACUUUAUAACUUGAUUGUUUUCGACUUGAGUCAUUGCCAGAUGCUUCAACAUAUUCCAGAGCUUCCAUCAAGUUUAGAAUAUCUAGAUGCCCAUCAAUGCUCAUCGCUGGAAAUUUUGUCAAGUCCCUCAACUCUACUCUGGUCUUCUUUAUUCAAAUGUUUUAAAUCCAGGAUUCAGGAGUUCGAAGUUAAUUUUAAAGUCCAAAUGUUUAUUCCUGGAAGUAAUGGAAUUCCAGGGUGGAUAAGCCACCAGAAAAACGGAUCCAAAAUAACAAUGAGACUUCCUCGGUAUUGGUACGAAAACGAUGACUUCUUGGGCUUUGCUUUGUGCUCUCUUCAUGUUCCACUUGAUAUCGAAGAAGAAAACAGGAGUUUGAAAUGUAAAUUGAAUUUCAACAGCCGUGCAUUUUUGUUGGUGGAUGAUUUCUGGUCUAAACGCAAUUGUGAAAGCUGCCGUGAUGGAGAUGAAUCAAAUCAAGUGUGGUUGAUAUAUUAUCCAAAGUCAAAAAUUCCGAAAAAAUACCACUCAAAUGAGUAUAGGAGAUUGAACACUUCAUUUAGUGAAUACUUUGGAACUGAACCAGUGAAAGUGGAGCGGUGUGGAUUCCACUUUAUAUAUGCCCAGGAGGAUUAUGGAUAGAAUCAUCUCACCAUGGUACAAGGAACGGUUGUUCUUGUGGGGAUUUGGGCGUUCAUACAUCAGCUGUACAAGAUGUCAAGAUACCAAUGCUUGUGACAACGCACGAGGCACUGACCACAACCAUCCACCAAUGAUGUACGUUGAUUCAGAGAAACCCAAUAGACCAGAGCCCAUGGGUGGAGCCACACCAUAAAAUAUGAUUCGGAGAAACCCAAAACCAAUCUCUUUUACUGGUAUCAUUUCGCCUUCCUUUCUCUUUCUAAUUUAUAUGGGGGUAGAAUUUCUUUGUCAUGUUUGUUUUUGUUGUGUCAACGAAACGUUAAUACAAAGGUAUUAUAGAAAAAAGAAAGAUAAGGUAAAACAAAUUAUACAAAACAUAAGGUUUUAACAUGGUUUAAUCAAUCAUAUCUGUAUCAAUGGAUGUGAGAGAACAUUCCAUUAUAUGAUAGAGAAUAUUAAAGGAAAAAAAAAAUACAAAAAUAAAUAUAAUCAUUGGGUCCCUUUGUAUCUCCACCUUAAACCAAUAAUCUUCUUACCCUAUUUGGUGUUUCUUCCUCUUUCACAUAUCUACACCUUAGUGAGUUAUUUAGUUCCAUCAAGUGUCCCUCACUUUUCCUCACAUCUGUAUCUCAUGUCUCUUUGAUAACUUUUUUCAUUCAUGAUCUAAAAUAUUUAUUGAGAUAUUUUCACUAGUUUUCCUUAUUCUACAAGGAAUCUAAUUAAAAACACAUAUAAAGUUAAGGAAAUAUUUUAUAUAAUAUUCCUUUUAUAAUAAGAAGUAUAUUUUAAAUAGGAAUUUGAGAUACUUUUCCAACUAUUCCUCUCAAGGUAAACAAAAGUUUGGGACUAUUUUAGGCAGUGCUCUUAUCCUCAUAUCUAGAAGAUUCAUCUCAAGGUAAACAAAAGUUUGAGACUAUUUCAGGGAGUGCUCUUAUUCUCGUAUGUAAAAGUUAAAGCUCUCCCUUUUUUCAUAUUUUAAACCAAAUAUUCUCCUAUUACUUCACCUCCGUUAACCAUAAAAUUGUGGAAAACCUUUCUCUUGAGUUGAUCAUGGUAUAUAUUUUAGAAUUUUUAGUUGUCUUAUAAUUGAGAGAAGCAAGAUUUAAGUCCACAAGCGUGAAAUCUAAAACUCUUUUUGUUCGAGUACAUUUUUAUUAAGGCUUGUUUUUUAGUAUUUGCAAGUCAAUUUGAUCAUUUUAUUGCUUUUGAAAGAUUAGAACUUUUGUUUAAACAACUUUAAUGCAGAAAAUUGCACAAUCUAUUGCCUUUACCCUAAGUUUGAUUGAUAUCUAAAUGCAGAAUCUCAAGCAAUCCAAGGGAAAAGCUUAGUUGGUAAGUCAAAGACUCAAUUGGUCACACAUAUAUAGAUGUAUCUAGUUAAUUUCCAAUUUGAUUUAAAUUGUAAUUAAAAAUAAUGUAUAGCCAUGGUUACAUUAUGUCCCCAUCUAUAGGGUUUGAUGAACUACAAUUAAGUGGGGGAAAUUUCCUGCACAUUUGAUGCAGAUAUAGGUUAAUUUAAUCAUUCUUCUUUUUUAUUUUCCUAAA